UCCAAAUGGACCACUGGCCUAUUUUCUUCAGACAAUAUCCUUCUCUUUCUCUUCUGACAAUAUCUUCAUCGCUUUGUUAUCGCCAAAUAUCUGAGUGGCAAGAAUCGAUGGUUUCACUUUCACUCUGCAACCCCAUCGACACAUCUCUGCGAAAACUCCCACUUCUCCAUUUCCCUCAAUCUCUCGCUAGCCCCAUUAAUCUCAAAAACAAAUUCACUUUCCCUUCUAAACUCUCCUUUAUUAACCCCUUCCACUGUACCCGCUGCCUACAUGUCGCCUGUGCAGCUGAUCAUGUCGUUUCUUCCGCCGCAACAUCUGAGAUCGACAUGGUUAGGAACAGGCAAGGGGUCUACACUUCCAAAAAGAAUAGGGUUGUCGUUUUAUGGGACCUAGAUAACAAGCCGCCGCGUGGCCCACCGUAUCCGGCUGCAAUGGCUCUUAAGCAGCUUGCUCAAAGGUUCGGGGAUAUUAUAGAGAUGUCAGCUUAUGCCAAUCGUCAUGCUUUUGUCCAUCUUCCCAAUUGGGUCCUCGAGGAACGUCGCGAGAGGAAACAGUUGGACGUUCUUGAAAGGAAAGGGCUUGUCACUCCUUCUGAGCUCUAUAUCUGUGGAGUCUGCGGCCGAAAGUGUAAGACUAAUUUGGAUCUCAAAAAGCAUUUUAGGCAGCUUCAUGAGCGCGAGAGACAAAAGAAACUGAACAGAAUGAAGUCGCUCAAGGGGAAGAAGCGGCAGCGUUUCAAGGAGAGAUUCAUUUCUGGAAAUCACAAGUAUAAUGAGGAGGCCAGGAGAUUGUUAACCCCAAAAAUUGGGUAUGGGUUGGCAUCGGAGCUGAGGAGAGCAGGGGUUUAUGUGAAGACGGUGGAGGAUAAGCCACAAGCGGCGGAUUGGGCAUUGAAGAGGCAGAUUGAGCAUUCAAUGAAUAGAGGGGUUGAUUGGUUGUUUCUGGUAUCGGAUGAUUCAGACUUCUGCGACAUUUUGAAGAGGGCAAGGGAGGCGAAUUUGGGGACGGUGGUGGUGGGGGACAGGGAUAGGGCGUUGGGAAGGCAUGCGGAUUUGUGGGUACCCUGGCUUGGGGUUGAGAAUGGAGAGAUUACAGAAAACGAUUUGGUGCCCAAGAGUACAAAUAGAAGUGAGGAUUGGGAAGAGAAUGAUGGGGUCUUUUCAGUGACACAUUUUGAAGGGAAUAUGGCUUGUUUACAGAGUGAUAUGGAUAACUUCCUUAAUGAACUUGCAGGAGCAAGGUCUGAUUGCAGUGGUGUGAAGAUUUCAGUGUUUUCAGAAGUGGAUGAAGAAGAGGACCAGGAUUACUUGUUGUGGGACAGUGAGGAUGAGGAUAUUGAAGAGGAAGAUGGGGAUUUUUUGUAAAUGUAGUUAGGUAAAGGCUGGCAUGGGAUUUGUUUCGUGAAUCUGAUUAUUUUUGUUCAGGAAAAAAAGAAUCACAUUUUGAGAAUGAUGAGUAUAGAUUGAGUUUGUAAGUAGUAGUAGUAGUAGCUGUUUGAAGAAGCAUGAAAAGACAACAAAAGUAUACGCAUGGCUAUCUGCGUUAUUUUUUCCAAGCUGCAUAUGGAGGCUGAUGCUAAUGACAUCAAAUUUUGCAAAUUGAAAUCAGUGAGGAGCCAAGACAGAUGCAGUAACCUGUCAAUGAUCUUUUUGUGGUUGGGCAUGCGGCCCAAUCUGCACUAUAUGCUGUAUUGAAUUUCUUGCUGGAAAGAAAAGUCCUUUGGAAUGGCAACCUUUAAGGUAUUUGAGGACAUGGAGUGCUGCAUCUAGAUGUGCUUGACAUGGAGCUUGCAUGUGUUGACUUAGCUGCUGAACAAAAUAAGUGAUGUUUGGCCUGGUUAAGCUUAGGAUCGAUCUCAUUCAGACUUAAGCUUGACAUGAAGCUUCCUGUGUAAUCCAAUCCCAAAAGUUGGUUAUAUCCUUUGGUCACUAACCUGGCCUUAUAUUUAUCUACUGAGCCGCCUUAUAAACCAAGCAGUGGUUGUUCUAAGUCACAAAGUUCUAUUUCUUCCAACCAGAAUACCAGGCAGAACAGAUCUUGCUACAGGUGUGGGGAUAAGUAUUUCCUCGGGAAUACUUGUUAACAUCAGAAGACAGUGAUGGCUAUUAGCAUUGAGGGAAUGACAAUGAAGAAAUGAUUGAGGGGAUUCAAGAAGGGCCUGUGAAGAAGAAGAGACCUAUUGUGGCAACAAGGUACAAGAAGAGCAACAAGAAGUCACAAUAUCAGUCAAUGCUAUAGAAGGUGGUCAUGGCAAUGAGACAAUAAGAAUUUUGGGCCAACACAAAUGUAGAGAACUGUUGAUGCUGGUUGACAGUGGCAGCACUCACAGCUUUAUUGGUGCUAAAGUAGCUGAGGAAUUAAAAUUGGCAUUAAUAAAGGUGCCAACAAUUACAGUUUCAAUUGCAGAUGGGAGGAAACUGAUCUCAAAUACUGUAGCAAAUUCUCAUGGAAGACUCAACAACAGACAUUCUCCUUUAAUUUCAGAGUGUUGGACUUGGGCAGCUUUGAUGUAAUUUUGGGAGUGGACUGGAUGAAGAGUUUCAAUCCAGUACUCUUUGAUUUUGAAGCAUCCAGAAUUGUGUUCAAGAGGGAUGGAAAGAUAAUUCGGUUGCAAGGAAUGACUGACGCUGCAAAGGAAUACAAGAUGAUGCCUUGUGUAGAUUUCCAACAACUAAUGCAUAAGAAUGGGAGUGAUUUUCAAACUCCACACUUCUGCAUUGAAGUAUUUGCACCACAAACAGAAGAAGAACAAUUAUUUGCUAUUUCUCAACAAGAAGAUAUGCCUGAUGAAUUGAAGAAACUCCUUGAGAAGUAUAAAGGAAACUCCUUGAGAAGUAUAAAAGAAACUCCUUGAGAAGUAUAAAGGAGUAUUUGAAGAACCUAAAGCACUGCCUCUUUUCAGAACUCAUAAUCACUCAAUUCCUCUACAACCAGCAGCUCAAUCAAUCAGCAUAAAGCCUUACAGAUACCCUCACUUUCAGAAGACCGAGAUAGAAAAACUGGUUGCUGAAAAGCUUGAGAAUUCUGUAAUUCAACCAAGCACUAACUCCUACUCAAACCCAGUGCUUUUAGUGAAGAAAAAGGAUGGCACUUGGAGGUUCUGUGUAGAUCAUAGGAGGCUGAAU